AUAUUUGUUUAGAAAAUGGCGUCGGCCAUGAAGAUUAUUUUACUCGCAUGUUGGAUAUUACAGAAAUGCACUAUAAGUAAUGGAUCGACGCAUUGGAUUGUAACCGAGGAUGGCAGAAUACAAGCGCAGGUAUAGUCUUAUCAUUUAUUAAAAUGGUUUAAAUAUUCAAUUUUUAUUGAAUUCUCAAUCUUUAACGAAGGCAAAAGGCCUCUGAGUCUGAGCUCUCACUCACACUGACACUCACUCUGCUGCCUCUGCUUUGACUGUCUGACAAGAUAUGUUUAGGCUUAGGCUUGGAAAAAAAAAGAAGACAAUUUACAUUAUCAUUGAAAUUUAAACGUCUGGCUUUGGCACUAACUCAGCCACUUAUUUCUAAAUUUGAAGCAGAAGCAUUGCCUAUAGCCUAUGGCUAUGGGCUAUCCCGGCUAUGGCAGUGAAAUAUUACUACACCUGCUAGGAGCACUGACUGCACUGUGACCAUCAGUGUUAUUUGCACCUGCACACCCAUCAUAAUCCCACCUGCCUGCCGCUUCUUAAAUUUAAAUGGGUCCAUGCAAAGAGAAUGUGUCAUGACUUCAUUUACGUGUUUAUUUAAGAUUCUUGCAGGAGUCCAUCCCCUUUGUUUAUUUUUUAGAAUUAUUUAGAAUUUAUUAAUACGCAGAAGGAAUGUUAAGUUAAAUAUUGAAUUGGUUUUUUGGUUGUUUUCUGAGUUUAUUUUCAUAUAGGCCUAAAUGCCAAAAUUUAAUGAUGAUUUUUUAAAUUAACAUUAAAUUUAAAUUUAUUUCUUGAAAAAUUUACGUUUAUUCAUUGGAAGUUAUAUGGAAGAAGUGGCGAUGAAGGAAUAUUUCAACAUUUAACGGCUGCUACAAAAGUUCAUGGGAAUAAUUAACUGAUAUUAAAAUAAAAGUUAAAUUUUAUGUCAAUAAUUACUUGCCAUUUUGUUUUUAAGUGUCAUUCUUAGCGUGUGGAAAUUUUAGAAUGUUCGAAAUGUAGAGAAAUAGAGAAAUUAAUUUUUUAAUUGCGUAAUUUAAAAUUAUGUGGAUAUAGAAAGGAAUUCUUAAAUAUUAUGUGAUUGCUCAUCUUGAUUGUGCUCCAGUGUCUGCGGUAGGUUCAAAUUUUUUUUUUUUUUGCCACGUCAAUUUGUUGGUUUUUUUUGUUUGGAUAAAUAAAUUUUGGGUAAAUUUAUGCAGAUGGAAGCUGAAUUUACUUCCCGUUUUUGGAAUCGUCUGGAAUGUCAGGGCAAAUAGAGUGUGAUAGAUGGGUCAUGAGUGCUGGUUUUAUUGUAGACCGGUACUUUUUCCUCUGUGAUACUUACUCUUGCCAAAUUUGGAUUCGUCAAUCUCUACAAUUUUACCCUCUCUGGCUAAACUCUCGCUAGCUAAAACACAUGCUUCCACGCCGACCUCGCGACAAAAGCUGACUGUCUGUUACGGCAAACCGACUAACGCUGACUUCUGUCUUAGGGUUCAGGUUAAGUUUAGGGCUAGAUUUAGGGUUCAGGUAGGUUUAGGGCUAGAUUAGGGUUUGGGUUAGGUUUAGGGAUAGAUUUAGGGCUCAGGUUAGGUUUAGGGUUCAGGUUAAGUUUAGGGCUAGAUUUAGGGUUCAGGUAGGUUUAGGGCUAGAUUUAGGGUUUGGGUUAGGUUUAGGGAUAGAUUUAGGGCUCAGGUUAGGUUUAGGGAUAGAUUUAGGGUAGGAUUAAAAUUAUGUAUUGCCUGAUUUUACUUCAUUAAAUUUGCAUGUUUUUUACUAAUUUUUAAAAUUUGUAAUUUGUUGAAUUUUUCGCUUUUUCCAAAAAAAAGUUUUUUUCCUUUUAUUUAAAAAUUUUUUGGAAACAAACUUUUCAUGAACUAAUAUUAAUUUCCUUAUUUAAAAAAAAACUAUUUCUUGUUAAAUUGCUUAUUUUUCUAUCUUUUGGUAAUUUUUUGAAACAGAACAUUUUCACCCAUCCUCUCUCUUUUUUUUUAUCCCACAUGUCUUGUUUGACACGAUACGUGACCUUUCACGGGUUGUGUCAACCAAGAUGGCGUCCAUGGAAAAAAAAUGGCGCAAUCUCUUUGCAUUUACCUUUAAAUGAUUCUAAAACUCAAAAAAAGGUUGCUAACCCUUGGCCUGAUUUUUAAAAAUAAACAGCUGUUUCAAUGGGGCGUCUAGUAACAAACAUAUUUUUUGUCAGUAGCACACUUAAACUUAAGUCUUAAGAAAUUUGCAAAAGGUGAAUCCAUGGAUAGGUACUUCGGUAAAGCAAGGGAGAAUACUAACAAUUUUGUAUGGGAAAUGGGCAUCGGCACUGAGGAAUCCAAGUUUUUAAUUCUUGGAGGUUUGGUGCCUUUCCAUUAACAAAAUGACUAUUUUGUCAUAAAAUUGUGGUAUCCUUCCAUAUUUUCACACUAGGGGACAUCUUGACCUACAUUCCAACAUAUUUUUUUGCCUUGCUUGAUCCACAGACCUGUUUACUCUUACGAUUUUGGCGUACAAUGUACGAUUUUGAGGUGUAUAGAUUGUAUAUACUGUAUGUUUUUUUAUUAUGAAUAUAACGUAUUAAAUGACUUUGUGAUGAUAUUGUACGAUUUUAAGAGUUUGAGGGUAAACAGGUCUGGAUCCACCUUAGUUUUAGAAAUUAAUAGGUGUGUAAUAAAGCAUCUUUUCCUCAAAAAUUUGUGAAGAAAUUUAAAGUUCAUGUCUUUCAUAUUAAAUUCUGAAAAGUGUUACGCAUUAUUUUGUUUUACUAUAUAGUAUAGUGCGUUAAAAAAGAAAUUAGACGAAAUUUAAUUUGUGUGAACUGGGAAAAAAAAUUUGAUCAAACUUCCGUCGAUCAAUUUUCCGGUGAUGAAAUUUCUUUCAAACAAAAUAAUCUCAUCAAAAAUGCUUCAACCACCCGUCCUAGAUGUGUGAUUACAUUUAUGGAUUGCCUCAUUAAUGUAAUAAUUUGUUUUGACAAGGACAAUGGUUAAUCUGACAAUGAGUAAUGUAGGCUGUGUUUAAGUGUAGAGAAUGGUUCCCCACUUUUCAGCUUAAUUAAUAUGGUCAGAAACAUGAAAAGCCUACUUAAUAAAAAAAUUUUGUUUUAAUAUUUUCUUAAUAAACUUAAAUAUUUUUACUAAGUUUCCAGGCUACAUACAAUGUUUUUUAAUUGAAGUAUGACUUGAAAAGGGGCAAUGACAACUUGGUAUAACUUGUUUUCCCAGGGCUCAAAUUGUGUAAUGCACAUUUGCAGUUAUUUCGACACUUCCUCUUUCGGCCCUUUUAAUACAACAUGCCAUUUGUCUUCAGAUUGCAAUUUGCAAUUUUGAUAUCAAAAAUUGAACUUUGUAUCUGUAAAUGCUGUGUUCAGCUGGUCGAUAGGUUUGCUGCAUAUCUGAAGAAUACAGUGAAGUUGCUUAUUUAUGCUGAAUCAAGAAGAACUUAUUUUUGUCUGUUGUAAAUUACGCAUAGGCUGUAGGUUGUUUGCACACUGCCUAUCACCAGUCUUUUUAAAAAAUAUGAUUGUUUCAUAUCCUGUCGUUUUAAUAUACAAUUUUUAAGAUUCAAUUUAAAUUUUUUGUAAAUAGUCAGACUUAAAUUUGAAAUAAGUUUUCUUAUUGCAUGAUUUUGUUUCUGGUUUUCCAUUAUUCAUAAAAAUGUUGUUAAAACUUCCAUGGUCUAAAGGGCAUUGUAUAUCAAAUUUUUUUAUUUACAUCUUAGCUAUUUGCAGUGUCUGAUCAAAUAUAGUCUACCAUAAAGAUUUCCUGCAUGCAUAUUUGAUUUGUAAAAUAAAUUGACUUAGAUGUCAACCAUACCAGAGUUUAUGAGGUUAAGAAAUUUAUACUUUAAAUGAACUGUUGGGUAUAUCUUUUGGUGUAUUUCCUUAGCUUGCAAUUCACACAGUCAAUUAAAAAAAAAAGUUGAUACAUUAUACAAUAUUUAACCAUGAUUCAGUAGUAUCAUUUGACUUUUUAGUCUUACUUUUUUUUUGUGUGUGUACACAAAUUUUUAAAAGGAAUUUGACAAAAUAUCAAAUUCAAAUAAUGAAACAUAUUUUUUUUACUUUGUAGGCUGACUCUGUGUACAACUUGAGGCGUCCUUAUGAUCUUGUGGCAUUUAUGAAGCAGGAGGACAGAGCUAGCAUGUUAAAUACUCUGAAAAAAGAGUUGCUCAGUAGAAAAGAUGAAAUAGAUAAAAAUGAAGAUAGGGAUACAGGUAAAUGUAACUGUGAGCCAACGACCAAAAACUCACAUAAUUUAACUGUAAAUUUGUAUUUGUUUUAAUAUGCAAAAUGUCCUUAAGGGCUCAAAUUAUUUGGUUAGUUUGUUGAUUUUGUUGGUGUAAAUAUUUUUUUCGAGUAAUAAUUAUGUUUAAACUUCUCACCACUUUUUAGGCCUAGAUUAAUUCUUUCCACAACUCUGCCUAUGUAUAAUUAGUUGUUUUUUUUUUUUUCUGAAUUCUAUUACCUUGUUAAAGUUAAUUCCAGGAUUAUAAAAUAUUACAUUUUUAUGUUUAGAGCAGAAGUUAAUUAUGUUUAAACUUCUCACCACUUUUUAGGCCUAGAUUAAUUCUUUCCACAACUCUGCCUAUGUAUAAUUAGUUGUUUUUUUUUUUUUCUGAAUUCUAUUACCUUGUUAAAGUUAAUACCAGGAUUAUAAAAUAUUACAUUUUUAGGUUUAGAGCAGAAGUUCUAUAAGACCAACUCUGAUUGCAUUGAAGCAGGAAAACCAUUACCUGAAUUCGACCUGUAUAUCAGCACAGUUUUGCCAUUAGAAAAUAAAGGAAUAAGGUAAAGAUUUCAUGAUGGUAUCUUCAUGUAGUUCAUGACUAUUUUGUCAAAACUAAUUCAUAAUUGAAAUAUUAAUUGUUAAUUUGAGACAAAUUUAAGUGAUAGAUCUGCUAUAUCUGUAUGCAAUUUUUAUUCGAGGAUCUAAACAAUCAAAAUUUUUACUAAAUUGCAAGUGGGCCAUUACUGUGCUAGCUCCAGACUGUAGGGGUGUGCCGGACCCCGAUCCGGAAUCCGGUUCCGCCGGAUUUUGCACUAUCCGGUGAAAUCCGGUUCCGCCGGAUUUACAUGUAUCCGGAACAACCGGAUUCCGGAAUCCGGAAUAUACCGGAUUUCGGAAUUUGCCAGAUUUUGUGACUCACCGGAUCAUAAUCUGAAAUAAAAGUAAUUCUCUUUCCCGAAUUUCACACGAUCACGAUACAUUAAUCGAUUGUUUCGAGCGUUGAGCUUGUUUAAUGUUUAAUAUUCCGUACAUACCAGAGGCUAGAGUCAGCACCGCUAAUAGUGGCCAAUAGUGUAGGGACUUUGAUAAGAAAAUUUAAACUUUUUGUAAAAAUAAACCAAUGGCAUAGUUGAAAAGAUGUAAUUUUUUAAAGAAUUAUAACACCAAAAUCAUAUUUUUAGCUGUUGUAGUUUUAAAGUUAUGAAUUUUUAAAGUACGACUUGGUUUGUCAUUUUUUAACAUGGACUGCAUCUCCACAUUCUGUGAUCUCAUUCCGCCAAUCCCGUCAUGCGCAAUGACUAUAUAGUUUAUAUAAGGCAACGCAUUCCCUGCCUUAUCACUAAAAUACUGUUUAGACUUAGUUUAAACUUUCAACUUUGGCACAUGAAUAAUUAAUUAAAGCUUUCCCUGACCAAUGGUUUAAUAGUUUUUGCACACGGCAAACUCUUAUGAAUGAAACUCUGAGGUAGUACUACGAUACAGUUAUGCAAGUGGCUGUGAAUGGUUGCCAAUGACAACGUGUUGCACACGGUAAAUUCUGAUCAUUUAUAAUAUGGAUUCUACCGGGUUGUUAAAGCUCAAAUUAAAACAUUCCAGUUUAAAUGUCUUUAAAUGCAUUCUGAAACACAAGUUAUCAAUUAUUUUGAUGUAAAUAGUGAUAAUAAAUUAAUAUUUCCUAAGUAUCGUCAACUUCCGCCAUUAAAAAGGGGGGCGUGGCCAACCCCAUGGCGAAAUUAGGUUGAGCGAGCUGCAUAACCUGCUGCGAACGCGUAGAAACAUGGCGUCUCUCGUAAGACACUUAUCCAAAUGGAACGGAACUCAAAUAUAUAUCGAAAGUACUAAUUUAAUAAUAAAUAGACACACACAUCGGAAAAUUAAAAACUCGGAUUUUUUGGCGCCGAUUGCGAAUUCCCAUACACAAAAAGUAGUAGUCCACCUUGACUUACCGAAGUAUCUACCAAUAGUACCAAAAUCCGGAAUCCGGGAGAAACCGGAAUCCGGAUCCGGCGGAUUUCGCAUAAGAAAAUCCGGAUCCGGAUCCGGUUGGAAAAAACGGAUCCGGCACACCCCUACCAGACUGUUAUGAGCUUAAAUUACAUUAUACAUAUCUCAAAUGUUAUAAAAUGUAAGCUGACCUCAUCUCACAUCAAUGGAGAUGAUUGAAGCUCUUGCUCCAUGCUAAAAAUUACUAACUGAUAGAUGAUUUUAUAAAAAGACUCAGUGGCCACAAAAUCAUAUGCAGUUUUUGGUCAACAUCUAGAUUUUAUAAAAAGGGUAAAUAUUGCUGUCUGCAAAUAAAAUAAUAACUGAUGAUAAAUACCAAUUAUAUUAACUUAAAUAAUAAUAAUUCUUUCAGUUUAAUUUUUGUGCAAAGGUGUUUUUAGACAUUUUUAUAGAGGGUUUUUGGAAAUAUAUGUACUGGUUUUUGACGCUGAGAGGUUGGAAUGUUUGUGUAAUGCGUAUUUAAAGGUUUUGUAUAAUGUGUAUUGAAAACUGAAUGUUUGUGUAUUGUGUAUUGUAAGUUUGGCAUGUUUGUGUCAUGUGUAUUGAAAGGUUGGUAUGUUUGUGUAUUGUGUAUUGUAAGUUUGGCAUGUUUGUGUCAUGUGUAUACUCUUCCACCCUGUAUCCUAGUUCCAUAUUUUAAUUUGUUUAGUUGUUUAUGGAUAGGCUCAUUGUUUAAACCAGCACAUGUGUUUUAUCCUCAGACCUGAAGAGCACAUAGACAUAAACGGGGCACCUAAUCCUAAUCCCAAGCCUCCAGAGUGCACUGCUUUCAUGGAUUUAGAAUUCAGCAUUCAUGCCUUUGAGCAUCUAGAGGUUAGUCAUGUGCAUUGCUGAGAUUUGGAGAUUUGUCAUGAUUUGGAGCUAACAAAGGUUCAAGAAUACUGCCUGUAGAAAAGAGAGCUUGAUUUGUUAAGGCAUCUUGUUAUGAAAAUGAAUUCAAACUACAUUUUUACAUUAAAAUAUUCCUAACAUUUUAAGGCCUGCUUUGUAUCCUAUUUUAUCAUGGAUAAUAUAAUAUGACUCGGCUGUUGGUUAAACGCUGGUUUAACACAUGACAGGUAAAUUUUAUUUACCGCCCUGUAAUAUUUCAUUCAUCCUACAACAUUGAAAUGUGAGGUGAGAUGAAAGCCAGUGUUAUCAUUUGCGUGUGCUACACAAUAUGAAAGCCAGCAUUAUCAGUCUAUGUGCUUCAUGGUACAAAAGCCAGUAGUAUCAUUUGUUUGUGUUUCAGGGUAUGAAAACCAGUGUUAUCAGUUGCUUGUGUUUCAGGGUAUGAAAGCCAGACACAACUUGUCAGGAACCCCGGAGUUGGGACUUAAGAAUGCUAUAACCCACAAAGAGAAUGUAGAUGAUUAUGGCCACCUUGUUUAUGAGGCACUAAAUAAGGUAAUGUUUUUCUAAAACCAUAUCUAUUAAAAGAUCUACGUUUAAGAAAAUUGCACAUGUCGAAGUGGUGUCAUACUUGAUUUGGCCCUGUCAUUCUAUAAUGGAAGAAUUAACUAGAACUAAAUGCAGUAAUUGCCCUAUGAACAUUCUGUUAAAAAUGGUGUUAUUUAUUGUAAAUACCUGUAAGUUUUUUUAAUUUACUACAUGCAAGAUCAAUGAUAUUGAUAUAGUUGGUAGACGAUUACUUAAAUACAUUUUUUAACACUCAACUUUGGAAGAAAAAAUCUAAUGAAAGGCAUCAUCUGUUUUAUUUUGUGAGGGUUUUGUUUCUUACACUAUUUGACAUUCUCUAUAUGUUCUUUGAUACAUUAACUAAGUAUAUAGACAAAAAGUUCUUUUUUGUUUGUGUGAGUCUUUGAAACUAAAACCUGUUUAACAAUUUGUGGCGAUUAAAUGUCUCUGUAGAAUAAAACAUCAUGGAUCUUAUACAACAUGGCCGCCUUCUACUGGAGAAUUAAAGGCAACCCAUAUCAAGCAGUAGAGUGCAUUAGGAGAGCAUUGCAUCAUUCACCAAGGUCAAUCAAGUUUAUUUUUUUUUUUCAAUUUUCUGAUUUUUAGCCCCUGUUAAUAUCUUAUCAGCCCGUAGAUUUGUGUUAUUGUAAUUAUCUCAGACAUUAUGAAUCAUGGUAGAAUGUUUGGAAAAGUCAUUUUAGUCAUCUAAAUGAUUUUUAAAAAAUUUAUUGAAAUUCUAUUGGCAUGCAUCUGCAUUAUCUUCAUUUAAAAUGAGCUGAUAAUUUUUAUUAAAACAGGCAACAGAAAGAUGUGGCUCUCAUCAGUUUGGCAAAUAUCCUGCACCGAGCCAGAUUUUCAAAUGAGGCGGCCAUUCUGGUUCAUGCGGCUUUGGAAAUGUCGAAAGAACUGAAUGUCAAUCACUUCACUCUUGGAAACAUUUACGCCGUGAGUGUAUUUCAUUUCAGCUAAUUACGGUGAUGGGUCGUGGUGGACCAAGCAUCCACCUUGCAAACACGACCUCUCAUUCCAUUGAUCCAUUAUAAUUUUAGAAGGUCUUCUGUUAAUGAGUAUGAUGUCUGAUUCUUGUGGAGUAAGUUGUAUGUGAUUAAGUCUAAACUUCAUCUGGAAAUGCAUCUUGUGGGUUCAGUUGAGGCCUCCUCUUGUCUUCUAAUUUUUAAUUUAGUUUAGUGAGUUGAUUAAAGUCUAGCGCCUCGUACUAAUCUCACAUCUUUAUGAUUUGUGCAUAAGACAACAAAGCUUCAAUCACCACUUUCCCUUUUUUAAUGUUGAGUUUUAUGUCUUGUUGAUAAAACUAUAGGAGAGCUUAUUAUGAUUUGAUUAUACAUUAAUACUUGAUACAUUUACUCUUAUAUUCAUCAGGUCCUUGGAGAAUACAACAAAUCCAUCAUUUGCUUUGAAAAUACUCUAAAAAUUCAGCCUGACUUUGAGGCCGCCUCAAAGAGAAGACAUGCUGUGUUGUGUCAUUCUAAGUUAGAAAUGGCCCUGGAAGCACAACACAGGUUAGAUGGUGUUUCUUCUGUGUUUAUCUAAAAAUCUCUAAAUGGAAGAGUCAAAAUGCAUGGUUUAAAAAUAUUUUGUAUUAGAUUUCUGUAACUGAUUUUAAAUGUUUAUAAAUGAAUUUAAUAACUUAAAGAAAUUAAAGUCUGUAACCAGCAGCAUAAAUUCGUCGUCUUCUUCAUAAAUUUCUAUUAGUUAAACAGAAGAGAUGUAAGCUGUAUUUGGUUUCUGUUGUUUGACUGUAUUAUCAUCAUUUAGAGUGUCUAGAAAAUGUACGAUUAUUUAUUAGUAUCUCUCUUAAAUUAACCCCCCAAAAAUGUUGUUCCCCCAGAUCUCUCCAGAGAACAUUAAAAGACCUGAAAGACUAUCAGCGAAAGCAUGAUCUCUAUCAAACACAAAGCGAUAAACUCUUGGCUGAACAGGUUCCUCAUGAGGUGAAAAUUGCCCAGCACUUGGCCUACGAACAAUUGAAGAUUCGGGAAAGGUCCACUGAGAUGGGUAAGAGAAGUAACAAAGAUUCUUCUGUAGAUACUAGACCCACAUGAGAAACUUAAAUCGACAUUAUUGUAAUUUUUAUAUUUAGUUGUCAGUGAAAGGUAACAAUUGACUCUUCAAUAGAAUUAAGAAUAUUUUGUUAAAAUACUUUUUGUUAAUUUUAAAAAAUUAAACCCUUUCAUUACAUUUCUGUAUAAUAAAUUAAGUUGCAGAAGAUAGCUUUAACAUUUUACUAUGGUAGGUUCAGAUUUUAAAAAUCCCCUUAAAGUUGUAACUUGUAGGAUCGUCAGUCUAAAAUGGUGCUGAUGUUUCUAAAUUAGAGACGUAAGAAUAAACUAUCAUUUGCUAACUUGCAGCUUGGUGUAUGGGAGCAAAUCUAUAUUCCACUUAGCAUUGUGUAACCUGUGGUCAUGGGCAUUGAUAGUCUCUCUCUCUCUCUCUCUCUCUCUCUAGAAUGUAGACCCAUUUUAUUUUUCCCUUACCCUUUUUCAACAAGUAUAUUCUUCUCCACCUAGCUAAUGAUAACAUAGCUUCCACCUUGUUAAUGAGUUGUCUGCUCAACUUGACACCCAGUACCAGUAUAAAUGCAACAUAUCAUAUGUAUGUUUCGAUAAAAAAUAAAUUUUGUGUACUUUAAAUAUAAUCAAGUUCUGUAUUCUAUUAAAAGAAACACAAGAAAAUCUUAACAUACCAUGCACUCAAGAUUUAUAAUAGAUAGAAUAAAAAUAGUUCUGUUUUCACUCAAAGGUUAGUCGUUUCACCAACUUGAUGGUUGGAAUGGAACUCAGCAAUCCCUUUUUGAAAUAUUUAUAAUUUAUGACAGUCAGAGCUUAGCCCGAGAACAUUUAUUAUAAGUCCAAAAUGAAGUUCAGGCAGGAUAGAAGCUUCAUUUCUUUGUGACCUGGCAAAACCUUUAAUUUUUUCAAGGACCCAUGAUUGUUGUUGUUUAAGUUUCCAUUGGAAGUAGAAAGUGCCAUUUUCAGGUGAGUUCUGCAGAAUGGUGGACAGGGAUGGCAAGCAGGUACUGUUGUGUACCUGGAGCAGGCGGUCACCCACACUAGAUUUCAAUUUUGCAUUCCUGGAAGAAUCACAAGACAAGACCAAAGACGAGGUAGAGAAAUUCAGUGUCAAAAUCUAAACUUCUAAUGAAAAAGUUCAAUUACGUUGCUGUUGUAAACUAUUCAAGGAUUAAAGAUUGACUUUUUUUUUUUAUUGAACAGAAUGUUGGAUACAAAUAUUUAGUGUUGAUUGCAACUCAAUCUCUUAAUAGUACACAUGUGCACUAAAUCAAUAAACAUAUGGUUCUCUCUUUAAAUACUUUAUAGUAUGGUAGUAAAAUAAAAGCUAAUUACUGUAUCCUUUUUUUUUGACUAAGCACAUACUUUCAGGUAUAUUCAUGUGAUUGAUUGUUUUGUACUCUGAUAGAUGAUAAGUCAUUCUGUUUGAACAAAAUGUUGUUAACAUUAAAUUUGUAGACAAAAACUCCAUUAUUUGACAAUGGGAUGAAAAUAAGAUGACAGCCACUAACAUACCUUUACCUUGACUUUUUACUUUCAGAAAAAGUCUGAGAAGCUUGUGGAGCCUAAUCUGAACUCCAACAAAAGUCCAGAUUAUAGUCAACCAGUGAAAGCUCCGGUCUUUUCCAAAUACAAGAAACACAAGGUGACACAAAUCUAACACAAAUAUUUCUUCUGGCAUCUAUUGUGGAAUAUCUUUCAUUUUGGUCUUGUAUCUUACUGCAUUCAGGCCUACUCUUAGAGACAUGGACAAAAAUACAACAUACCAUCAAGAACUGUAGGGAAAUCUAUAAAGUGUGAAUAGUUUGAAUGCCAACCCACUCCACAUGCACACAUAUUCACUCCAGAUACCUAUUAUGUAAUAAUCAUUAUAGCUGAAGGGCUUCAAAAACUAUUGGGUAGAGGCCAUGUUAGAUUUAUUCUGUCAAAUGGUCUGUUCACUGACGCACUUAUUUUAUCUCAGCCCUCUGAGUCAGAUGUUUAUAUGCAGCCAAACUGGCCACGUAAAGAAGAAUGUGACUCAUUGGUGAAAAAAGUUCCGGACCCUCGCAACCUGACCACGGUGUACCUGUCUCCAGAAAAUAAAGGCUUUGAGUAAGUAACAUCGCUGUUAACACGGCGCGGGGGCAAUGGGGGGGGGGGGGGGGGGGGGGGGGGGGGGAGAGGGGGUUUACAGUUUUUAAUGUUUUUCAACAAGUUGGUUUAUUCUUCUUUUGAACAAGUUCGUUUAUAAAACUCAGACAAAUGCUUUAAUUAUUUGAAAUGAUUUAUACACUUAGAGUAAGUUGAAAGUUUUCUAGUUUCUUGUUCUUCAUCUGUUAAAAAUUAUAGAGUAUGUCAGUAUUUAAUAUUAUCGAUUAUGUUUGAAGGAUUUAAGAGCACAGAGUAUGGUAUUAUAUAAUAGUAAUACCACAUACACUUGUAGGGUUCAAGAACAUAGAAUAUGUCAUUGAAUGAUACCAUCCGUUAUGUUCAUAGGGUUAGAGAGCUCCUCACAGCUGCCCAAGGGUUAGAGCCUGGAGGGGAGCACCCACUGCCAUGGUACCCACCCGUCUGUGUGCCACUCAUGGAACUGGCAGAAGGCAACCCCGCUGUUUAUGAUCACCUCAAGUCCGUUAGCUAUGCAGAAAGGUCAAGGAUUCCCCUCAAGUACAAUGACCUUUCCAUGCGGGAGGUAAGGCGGACUGCACUUGUCAUACACUUAAACCAUUAGCCUUGUAUGCCUUACGUUGUUUUAUAACUAGUUACUUUAAUUAUAUUGAACCAUGAAGUUUUUAUUUUGCAACAGAUUUUGCUGGACCAUGUCAACGAUGGAGUGGUUACAGAAGAGGAAGUAGGACAGAGAAUUCUAACUGCUCUCAAACAGGUAUGCUGUAAUCAUGAACAUGAAAAGUCAAUAGAACAAUUUGUCUGUAAUUCACUGCAAGGAAUUUUUUAAAGCGAAGACUUUUUAUAAUUAAAUUACAUUUUAGGGAUUUUUAUAGGAAAGGCAAUAUUCAAUAGAUCAAUUUAACAAUACAAACGGUCAUUCCAUCCCCCCACAGACGCAGACCAUAGGAGCGCAGUGGAUCCUGUACAACCUUGCAGGACUCUAUUGGCGUAUCAUUGGCAACAACUAUCAUGGCAUUGAAUGCAUCCGUCGCUCCAUCUAUCUGUGCCCCCCGCAGUACAAAGAUGUGCCUCUGGUCAACUUGGCAAACAUACUUUAUCGAUAUGGUCGCUAUGACGAUGCAAUUAUCAUUAUGCGAGAUGCUCUGGAUGUCAAUGAUGCUGAGGUAAGAUUUGUCUAUAGGGCGGUUAAAGAUGUUUAUAUUUAUAAAACACUAGCAUUACUUUAAUAAAUUGGGUUUCGAAUUGGUUCCAAAUUUAUUGACUAAAUAUUUUUUUCCUUAACCCUUGUGUCGUGGUUUCAGCCUUCGACUCAUUUCUUUCUGGGCCACCUGCUGUGGGCAACUCGUAACUACACCGGAGCCGCCCACCACUAUCAUGAAGCCCUGGCCGCCGACCCCGGCCACCAGGGGGCACUGGACGCCGUCCGAGCAAUGAAAUGUUACCUGAAAUUUCACCACGCUGCUCAGAGCGCGGCGCCCCAAGAAUCUCCAGCACACAGCCAGGCAAGUAAUUGCCAACAGAAGCCAGCAGAAACGGAAAGCAGGGUCAUUUGUAAAACUGUAAGUUCAAAUGAAGUGAUGCACUCUAACGUAAUCAUGUCUUAAGCCUGUAGACAUAUGAUGCACUCUAACGUAAUCAUGUCUUAUGUCUGUAGACAUUCUGCUAAUCGAAGACACCUUCAUUUGCCUCUGAAAUAGACAGCUUUGUGCUGACUGGGAUGAAAUAUGGUAAAUUUAAAAUGUUAAAAUUUCUUCUUAACACCUGCAUUGAAGGAGAGAAUUAGUUAUCCAAUAAAACUAUGACUAUUGAAGCUGCCAGCAUUAGUGUCCAUCCAGCCAGCCAUUUAGCCAUUAAACGUGUAGAUUUAUUUUUUGGUAAUCAUCACUUGUGUGUUGGUUCGAGUGGUGUGGGGGUGCGGUGCGGGGCAUAUUGUUCCUGCAUGUCUGUUGUGAUUGAACCAAAUUACUGUGUAAAAAUAUGUUCACUUCCUUUUCAUUCACGCACAAAAUACUGUUGAGUAAACCCCUUGACCACUAGUUAAUGGAAAUGGGAAAGUGCAAGGUGGCAUGGAAUGUGUACGUCUACUUUUGUCACAAAUCUUAUGGAUAAUAUAUCUAAUGGCUUUGAGUUUUAGAUUGACAUAACAGUUAGGCUCAGGGAAGGGGCAUGGAGAUGGGGGGGGGGGACACAGGUCUGGUCAUGUAUGUACCCUAGUCUUGUGAACUGUCAUGAAAUUAUACAUUAGUGACAAAUAUAAUUAUACAUUUACCAGUCCAAUUGUUUUUCACAAAUGGGGUUAGGUUAGAGGGGUUUGGAUGUAAAUGAGACAAUCAAUUAGGGUCUACAGGUAUGUGAUUAGAACCUCAUUCAAAUUUUAACAGCUAAGGUCACAGCUGAGGUGUUUAUGCAAAGGUAAAGCUUUGAGGAUGCCCUAUGUUGCCCUAACAUAAAUUUACUUAAAUAAUGUACAAUGCCCAUUUCCACUUGAGAGCGUGGCGGCUGGUGUAGAAAAAGCUUAUCAACCUAGUUACCACAGGGUGGCUGGUGUAGAAAAAGCUUAUCAACCUAGUUACCACAGGGUGGCUGGUGUAGAAAAAGCUUAUCAACCUAGUUACCACAGGGUGGCUGGUGUAGAAAAAGCUUAUCAACCUAGUUACCACAGGGUGGCUGGUGUAGAAAAAGUUUAUCAACCCAGUUACCACAGGGUGGCUGGUGUAGAAAAAGCUUAUCAACCCAGUUACCACAGGUUCCAACCCAUUUUCUGUCCUUGUUUUUCUUGUGAAUAUUUACAUGUAGCACAAUCAAGAUAUGCUGACAUCAGUUACGUAGUUUAGUGGUUAAAAAUGUGCUGUGUAACAGCUGGUGGUAAAUGUCAACAAGAUUGCAUAAUUACUCAAAAUAUCUGACAUUGCCAUGUAAUAGAAGCUGGGCUAUAUUGCCAGAGUACUUCUUGACGAGUUCCAUUAUGUUGAUGAUAUUAAAGUUGUAAGUUAUUUUAUUUCUAGGAGAACAAUGAAGAAAAAUGCAUCAUCGAAACACGUUCUCGCAACCGGAUUCCUGAUUGUAACGGUCAGUGUACACAAACAUGCACAAUCACCCCAAUCAAAGUGGACGGAUGCAGUGGCGAAAUGAACUUGGAGAACACCAUCAGUAAGUGGAAGUCCAAACCUGUAGGUGGGCUCUACGCUAUGCAUGGGUCGGUAGCAACCGUCAAGGAGAACCGGGUUUGAAAAUUUCAUGCAUGGUUUGAGAGCAUUUAACAUGAGAUUAACCUGCAUGGGUUCGCUACGAUAAAUGGGAGACCGGGGGUGUGGUAACUGCAUUAUGACAAGUGAAUGAUGAGUAGAAGAAAUGAAAACCACGCAGUCUAAAAUAUCUUAUUUACAAAAGAAGAUAUUAAUUGACAGUGUCACUAAUUACCUGUGAGUUGGCCUUACUGCUGGCACUGUUGUCCGUAUAGAAACAGUGGACAUGGGGCGCCUGUUAUCUAAAUGACCCCUGUGUUAGAAACAGUGGACAUGGGGUUCCUGUUAACUAGAUGUUUGGGUCACAGGCCACAUCUGUUGUGUAGUGCUGAUAGGAUCAAUAAAACUAAAACCCGUACCUAGGUUUGCUGGUUUUUGUUGUGAGCUUAGAAAUGUUGAUGGUUUUAGAUUGUACAACAUGUGCUAAUUAUCACAAAACACUAUGUUCAUUCAAUGUUUGUUGCCAACUAUUGCAGAGAAGAAUGUGUGUGGCUGCAAGCUGAAAAGUAAAUAACAUUUUUACAGAAAGUUCUUAUUUUUCAAGUUCAUGUUUCAAAAACCAAUAAAAAAAAAUGUAUAUUUGAAUUUUACAAAAUGCACACAGCAUUCUUAUUCAUAUGACAUUUUUUUUUCCUUCAAAAUUGUAUGUUCAAUGAUUUUGUUGUCUUUUGCUCAUUUGUUCAAUGCUUUCAAACUGUAUGGCUGGUUGAAAAGUUAUUUUGAACACAUUUGAGAGAACCAUCUAAUGCUUGAUUAAAGUUCUUGACCAUGCCUUAAACUUUCUGCCAAAUCAAAAUUCUAUUUUAAAUGUUACCUUUCACUUGGCCAUCUCUUUCUUUCACUGGAAUUUGAUCAGCUAUAAUCGGCAUAAACACAUCAGCUUUGAUGAAUGAGAUGUUAUUUGGACUAAAUUGUUGCCAUGAUUGCUUCCACAGCUGUUAUUGUUUUUUGUCUUUUUUUUAAUCCACACAUAACUACGAAAAACAAAUAUUGCAUGUUAUAUCUCAGCUUAUUUACUAAAUCACCUUUCUCACAGAAGAGAUACAAAAAUUGUUUAUCUUUUUUUUUUCUCUGUUAACUAAUUAUUAUUUUAAUUACUUAAUUCUGUAACAUUUCAUUGACCCUUUCAACAUUUAACAAGAUAAAUGUCAUAAUUCUUUGGCACCUUGUGAAUCGUGGUCACAGAGUAAAUCCAAUGGUGCUUACUAUUCACCUUGAGACCAUAUGUUUAUGUUGAAAUAUGGCCUCUUAGCACUACUGUUUAGAAAUGGUAUCCCUAAAACCACAGGGCCCUGACAUUACGGUUUCUGUAAAUUAAGAGCCAAAAGUCAUGAAGUUACUUUGAAAUGAAAAUGCUGUGGCUAAGUUGUAGUAUAAAUAAUGGAACUGAUAGAUAGUAUAAUAUUAUAAUUACAUUUUUCAUUCUCAAGCCUUUAAAAUCUAAUUACUUAUUUAAUAAAAUAUCUUUGAGUUUUUUUUAUUGUUAAAUAAAUGUAUACUUGAUUUUGUUAUUCAAUGAAAGGUUUUCCAUUUCAGUGACUACAAGAUUUUAUUUGGUUUGUAGUGGGGGGAACAUAUUUGUUUUGGAAAAUACAUUUUUUUAAUUCUUCUUCUAUUACUUUCCCUACUCCUUGUUACUCCACGCAUGAAUUAAUUAUUUCUGAAAAAUUGUUCUAACUGAUGUCAGCUCCAUAUCAAACUAUUAUAAUUGUUCCUAAAAACAUCUGGUUACCCAGUCAAUUAGGAAAGCAACUAUAUUAAGAGAAAUCACUUGAUAGAAACUAGCUUUUUUUAAAAAUUCUUUUUUGUUGUUGUUAUUCCAGUUAAGAAAGUGAAGUCAAUUUAAAAAGUGCCAUUACUUGACCCUAAUAUUUCAUGAUAUGAUCCAUCGCACACAGGAGCCUGGAUUGCUGACUAAAUUACACACUUUAACUACUGUCUAAAUAGGGUAUUCCCUGUCAUUUCUUGUUACGGUUAUUUAACUAUUGAAACAAGUUCAUGAUGUAGAUGUUAAGUAAACUAUUUUUUGCCAUCGCAAACUGCUUGCCGACACCAUCCUGAAUUAUUCAAGCAUUGCACUAACACUUGCUAACCAAUCUUCACAGGGAAUACAAUUAUUGUAUCCUGUUCUUGGUUUAGGAUUUUGAUUUUUUUUUUUUUCCCCACUUAGGUCAGUGUUUCCCAAACUUUUGACAUCUGUGUACCCCUGUCUAUAAUUUUCGUAACACUGAGUACCCCUCGUAAAGCAAAUUCGUAUAUACUUCAAUAACAAUAAAAAAAUAUUAAUUUUUUUCUAGUGCAGCGCAUACCCCUACCAAACCCUUCCCGUACCCCACCAAACCCUUCCCGUACUCCCAGGGGUACUCGUACCACACUUUGGGAAACACUGACCUAGGUUAUGGGUGGCUGUAAACUACUUUGCUUAGCUAUAAUAUUUGUCCUAGUAUUUUAGUGGAUGUUGCUUUUCUUUUAGAUUUACCUGAAGUUUAAAAAAAAUUCUAAUGUAUUAGUUAGUAAGGACAUGUCAUAUUAAAGUAUUUUAGAUUAAAGCUUAUCUCAGAUUUAUAAAAUUGUAUUGCUUCUUCUCUCUUGAUCAUUUUUUCCCCUUUUUCUCUCCCUCCUUAAUCUUUUUCCCCUCCAUUCUUUUAUCACUAUCCCACUCUCUCGGUUCUCAGUCCUUAUGUUCCCUUCUGUUUCCUUCUCUCACUCUCUCUUCUUUUUUCCGUUUUCUCUCUCCUUUAUCCCUUCCUUUUUCUGCUACAUUUUCUUUCUUCUCUUCACCCCUCUCUUUGUCUCCUGUCUCAUUUUCUCUCACACCCGCCUCCUCUUCUCUAACUAUUAUCUCUACACACACACACAUAAAGAGUUUAUAAAAUUUAUACUAAAAUGUUAGUUAAAAUUUUAACGUUAUUUCAGUCUUAUCAUUUGUAGUUAAUUGUCUUUUUAUUUUAGGUGGGGAAAAAAGCAAAAUGAUUGUCUGUGUAUUAAAUGUGAACUUCUUUUCUAGCUACUUUACUUUUGUGUCUCAUUUGAGGAGUGUAAUUGUAGUAUAUGAAUCUCUCUUCUGUUAAUAUUCUGAUCUCCUGUUUCUCCUCCAAGUAGGUCACUGUUCAGGCAAGGGAGGCAAGCAGUUCUCAGCUGAUCAGGAUGAUAUGCUCUGUAAGUAUUUUGUGAUGCAAAAGUAAAGAAAAUAAUCUUGCAAAAAAUGUUAUGGUCAUCAGUUUAUUGUUACUGUUGCCAACAAAUUUAGGAAAUAAUAAACAGCAUCUUUACCUUAAUUUCUUGUGUGCGCAGGUCAACUACAUCAGGACAAGUAGUUUCCAUACAGUACAAUAGCAUUUUUUAUUCCCACAGAUUUAUGUCAUAAUAACUUUUUUUUUGUUGUUAUUUUAAUUUUUGAUAACAAAACUACAGAAAUGAAUGGAAUAUGUCUUAAUGUAGAUUGUUAUAUACUGGUGACUGUGAAAAAAUGCAAACUACAAUGGUACAGCCAUGUAACAAGGAAACAAGGGCUUGCCAAAGAAAUAUAGCAGGGCACCACAAGAGGAAGGAGAAGAAGAGGAAGACAAAGAAAAAUAUGGGAGGAUAACAUCAAAGAGUGGACAGGACUAACACUGGGCGAUGCUGUGCACAGUGCAGAAGACUGAGACGAAUGGAGGAGGAUAGUUCACAUGUCAUCUGUGGUGCCCCAACGGUCCAAGGAAUAAGGGACAUGAUGAUGAUGAUGAUGAUGUUAUUAUUGUUAAGAAAAACUUUUCAAUAUGAAAGAACUAACAUGUAAGAAGCUCUACAUAAGACUCAUGUUAAAAUGUGACCCACAGAGAAGCAUUUCAGAUUCAAAGACUUAAUCUCACACAAGAAUGAAAAUACUAGAACAAAGGAAACAAUUGUUUGGGGGCAGCUGCUUUCAAAUUAGCUUUGUAUUUUGGGGGAAAUUUAGAAAUUUUUCAAUAUAGGAAAUAUGCAAAGGGUUGUCUUACUGAAGAAGAUGGAAACAUUCGUAGUAGGACUCGCUAGUUUUGAAAUAGGGCAAAUACAAAAAUUGAAAGCUGAAGUAGGGUACAUGCAAUAUGGCUGUCAGAAACCUAAAUGCUACAAAAUUAGUGUUGUGAAUAGCAAAAUAUUCUUUUUGUUAAAUCAUUUGUUAUACCAUUGAAUAUGUCAAUAAAAUAGUUCACCGUGCAAAUAUGGAUGGGUGCAUAGGCAAUGUUGAGAAUAAUACUUCCCAGGUACAGUGUUACGUAAAUUGUACUACUACUAGUGCUAGGGGUAUGAUUUAAUCUAUUAUUUAACCAUCCUAUGCUGACUAUCACUCCAAACACACUUCCAUCAAAUGGCACUCUCACUCACAUACUUCUAUGAAGAUAUAUAACUACUUUCCUUCUAGAAAUCAUAUAAGACGGGUAGUUCAGCCCACAAAGAAUGAUUAUUUCAUUACAAGUAACAAUAACUAAAUACCCACAUGAUGUUCCUUCGUGAAAAACAACUAAGUAUACUGUAAAGUAAUUACGAAGUAUUCUGGCUGGUUAGGACUGGCGCUGGAGGUAUCUCAGACUUGUCCUGAAGUAGGCCCAAAUCACACACUCACAUUAGGACGGUAGUCUGUUUGUCUUCCCCCCCCCCCCUCUCUCUCUCUGUUUUGCUUCCCCCCCCCCCUCUCUCUCUCUCUCUCUCUCUCUCGUGGUCACUCGCACUGCGGUACUUCUGACGUAAGGAGGUCUAGCCUUCUAAGACUCUAACGUCAUGUGUUGCUGGCGGGAGUCUAGGGUUAUCUCCCGUAAGCCUAAUCUACACUUGAAUUCUUUAUAGAGGAUUUCAGUAUUAGUAUACCCACUAACCAACUGACUCCAACUGCAGUGUAAUGAUGACACAACUACACUAGUACUAGCCUCUACUGUACUUUUAUAUACUGGUCUAUCUAUACUGGCUAGAAUUUAGAAUAGGGAAUCCAACAACACAUGACAAAGAUAUUGGAAUCACAUCAUAUCAUUAAUCAUAAGUUAACUACAAUACUAAAAUUUCUUAAUCAAAACUACAAACACCUGAAAAUUAACGAUACAAACCUAGCCAAUUAUGAAUGAACAAAACUUCAGCACAAUAAUCUAGCUAGCCAGGCUCUGCACUAAUUACAGGCAAAAGAUGGGGGGGGGGUAUUGUCGUGCCCUCCCUUAUAUACCGUAUAGGUAGCGUUAGGGUGGGUACGCCUUUAGCCAGAACGCUCAUUGUUUCAGUUGGGUCACUGUCAAGGUGACGAGGUUAAUUUCCUUUGUUAGUAAUGUUAGGCCCAGCCUAAUUGUGCAAUCUCAUGUGGGGUAGGGAUGAAGAGAGUGUGAGCCAGGGGGUCUCAAAAAGGUGAGGACCAGCGUGUCUCAACCUACAGUACAUAUGUUUAGUGGUGUAAGUAUUUGGUUAACCAUUGACCCUUAAAGAAAGAGCAUUAUUCUAUUUUAUGUUUUGUGUGGGUUGUGGGAUUGGUAAGCUUAUUUGUAUGUGUUCAUGGGAGGGGGGGUGCCUAAAAUUGUAAGUGAUAGAAUUUAAGGGUGGGGACUACAUGUGAGAUUUUUUUGUGUCUUUAUGGAUUGUCCAUAUUGGGUUGUUUCAAAUACCUAAAGUUCUGUUGCAGCGCAGAUUAAUACGGUUGACAUUUUCUCUAACAGUUUCCACUGACUUCACCAGUAAGCUUGACGAAGUAAGUCAGUACUAUGAGAAAAAAGGGCUUUGUGAGGGGGAUGAGUGCAGUCAUCUGAGAGUCCAGGUAAGACCAUAAGCUGCAUGCUAUUUAUCUUGUCACCCAGGCAAAGUCGGUGACAUCACAACCAGCCUUGAGACUUGGCUCAGUUAUUUGCCAUGUUACUAAAUUCAGUCAUUAACCCAUGUCAAUUCAUUCAGUCAUUAACCCACGGCAUACUUCCUUUAAAGUUGCUAGGCACGACCUGGUGAAACUCUCUUGAAUUUGAGCUUGCUGUGAUGGGUUCAUCCUAUUUAGGAAUUAAAAACUGACAAGUUAAUCAUGUCACACGUACAAAAGUGGAGGAUCAAAUUUUUCGUACAAGACGAUCCAAUGGUCGUAGCUUUGACUUGGUCAGUGGUCGUAGCUUUGACUUGGUCAGUGGUCGUAGCUUUGACUUGGUCAGUGGUCGUAGCUUUGACUUGGUCAGUGGUCGUAGCUUUGACUUGGUCAUUUUUGUCCAAACUGGUUUUGUCUUCUUGUUUGGCUAGACAUUUGGUUCUUUUAUUAUGAAUUGAAGUGUAAUAAUCAAUUUUUAGUCUCUUACUGUUGUCAAACGUUAUAGAAAUAACCUGCCAAAUAAUGACGGCAGACAUGCGUGAACUUCCCAUCUACUAAAGUUACUGGACUAAACAUACGUUCAAGUAAUGCACUUUAUAAGAAUCUCAGUAAGGGCCAACUUCUGAGAAUUUUAUUUUGGUGCCUAUUGAAUAUAGAGUUACAGCCACACAUAAAUACCUAAAGAAUUAUUUUUUAACCUCUUUGAAUUUAUUUUUUUUUAAAUAAUGAUGCUGCAAAUUUUAAGGAAAAAAAGAUUACUUUAACAAAAUCACUACUGGCAUUUGUUUGGGAAAAUAGAAAUAUGAAUUGAUUGUCUUUAAUGUUAGUUUUAUCAUUUUAUAUAUUGAAGUUGGACUCUUUUAAGGAAUUUUAAAUUUAAAAAAAUUCAAUUUGACUAUAAUUUCAACACACUGGAAAACUUUAAAAAUAGUCUUAAAACAAAAUUUGCAAAAACGUUUUACCGUUCUAAAGAAAUUGAUAAAAAGGAGAAAUAGUUAUUUAGUAAAUAAGGUCCAAGCUUUAUAUGUAGUUUAACAAAACAAAAGUAUGUUUGUAAAUUCAUACCUAUAAGCAUACUAUUUUGCUGAAUAUCUUAGAUGAUCUAAAAGAAAUCAGAUUUUGUGUUUGUCCUUGACCUUGACCUUGGUAGCAAAUUUACAUAUUGAGCUCAUUAUCUGACAGGUUUGGGGACCAGGAUAGCCAAAAGUCAAUUUCUUAAGCUACAUCUUGGUCAGUUCCAUCACUUAUUCUUUCCCCAUGAACAGAAUGCUAUUUUUCACUUGGUAGCAAAUUUACAUAUUGAGCUCAUUAUCUGACAGGUUUGGGGACCAGGAUAGCCAAAAGUCAAUUUCUUAAGCUACAUCUUGGUCAGUUCCAUCACUUAUUCUUUCCCCAUGAACAGAAUGCUAUUUUUCACUUGAUUUUUUUUUUUACAAUUUUCUGUUAAUCUUAUUUACUUCAACAGAAAAUAUAUAAAGUGCUUCCUCUAUGAUAUACCUCUGGACAUUGUACUUUACUUUAUAGCUGCUUUUUACCUCUCUAAAGGUUAUAUCUAUGUUUUCAUCCCUUUUCAGAUACACACACACAGCAAUUAGUUGGCCUAGUUUCAAAGUUCUGUUAAAUAUAUACCAUAGGCUGGGGCUUGCAUUUCCUUUAAUUACAGAUCAGGAUUGAAGUCAUUGUUUUAGGAUUUAUCUGUUCACUACUUUUUUGUUCUGUAUUUGUUUAGAUUAACUCAGCAACUUAUAUUGAUUUUUGUAGUGGAGUUCCAGACUUUGUUUUUUGGGCGAUGAUUGUUUAGCUUUUGACCAUUACAAAUAUACAGCAUUAAUAUAUAUUGAUGUUAUUGCUGCUACCUUCCCUCACAGUGCCUUCUCCCUAUGACCACCCACUCAGGGCUCAUUGCACAUGUUAUCACCCCACCAAAACUGUUUGUGCGGCCCGUUGCAUACCAUGCUGCGCAAUGUCCGGUAUGGUGAACUUUUGUUUGUCAACUCCAUCUGUAACUAUUUUUUUUUUUCAACUAGUGUAUUGGUGUGUUGUUGACCUUUUGGUUUUUUGUUGUUUGAACUCCUUAUAGUUGUUAUUGUAGGAUACGUUCUCAGAGGCUAUCUGUUUAUGGGCUGUGUAGUGCUUCAGUAUUAAACCUGCUGCAUUACCCGCCAUUUGAUUGUUGCACCUUCACAAUACAUUGUCAGGCUGCUAGCAUGAGUGGCAGUAACAUUUGUGUUGAGUAGUACUAACGUCAUCAUUCUUAUGCACUGGUAUACCACGACAGUGUUUCUCAAACCAUUCAGUUUCCCUGGACUGUUCAAAACAGCAACAUUUCGGUCAAAUUUGUUAUUAUAUAUUUAUGCUUUUUUUUUUUUUUUUUUUUUUUUUUUUUUUUUAAUUUUGUAGAUGGGUGACUAAGGAGACUUGCUGACUCUAACAGUUUUUUUGGUGACAUUUUGAGAAGCACUGCCUGAUGGUUCUUUUAAGAACAUUACAUAUUAGAGGUCUGCUAAAUCGAAACUCAUGGCCUUGGGUAAACUGAUUAGUACAGUAUUUUCAAACCAUUUCUAUACUGCAUACCCCUAUGAAUUAUUUGAAUCUCCCCCAUGGGUGAAAAUAUGAACUUCUAAUUUAUUUAUAGAAAUGCAAAGAGAACCAUAGAAAAUGCAACGAGAACCAUAGAAAUUGCAAAGAGAACCAUUGAAAUUGGAAAAAGAACCAUAGAACUUAGAAAGUAAAUUUGUGACUUAUUACAUAAAGGAAAAGGUUAAUGAAGCAUUGUUUAAAAAUAUAUAAAUAUAUAUAUCAUAUCUUAAAUCUAAUGUCUACUCUGUUCAUAUAAAAGAUAAUAUAUGAGAGACGAACAAGAUAGGCUUAGUCUUGAAAAAAAAAAAGACAGGACAGUUAAAAGGAUGUCUCAGCUAAAUGCCUUCUUUAUCAGACAAGGCUAAACAAGAAACUUCAAAUAAUUAGAAAUGAAAAACAUAAUGUUUUCAAAGAUGGCAAUGGAGUUCUCUGUCUGUUUACAAACAAAAAAAUCUCAUGUUAGAAGGGAAUUUAAGUUGUUCCAAACAAAAAUGUGUGUCUCACAUUCAGUGGUGCGUGAUCAAGGUAAAAGAAGCAUUAUGAAUGUUCUUAUAAUCAGUCUCCUCACUGCCCCUGAAAUGCCACCUGACACUUCUUUGGGGUGAGAGCACUCCAGGUUUAAAAACCCUGGCUUAGGAUAGCAUAGAAAUAAUUUCAUUGUUUGUGUGGGAUAUUUUAAGUGGGAUAGACUCCACUGGCUGAUGGGAUUUAAAUUGUCAAAAUAAUCGUCAGGAAUACUUUCAUUUUUGCUGGCUUGGAUGUUUUGUGUCAUGUUUGUCAGUCACCUUGUAAAUUUGUUAUUGGCUGCCGCCUUUUGUGUGUAGGUUGGUGUGGGGGAUAUAUCGGAAUUAAAGUAUAUAAGGGAUUAUGGAAUUCAUUUAUACCACUGAUGAACAAUUAAAAGUUUCUGACAAAAGGAAAAUGAAUGCACCCAAUAACUGGGAUUUUUUUUAAACUGAAGUAACAUAGUUUGUGUUGUUGUUCCAAAGAAAUCUCUAUUUUUGUUUUGCUUGAGCAUAACGCCAAAUAGUAAUACUGCUUUGUAGUGAUUUUUUUCUUAGCAAAAGAUUUUGUGCCAAAAUCCCGUAAGGGGUUUAAUUUAGUAUUUAUUCCGUGCAUGAAUUUGAAUUCUCUCUCCGUCAGGGGACAUAAUUCUCUUUCAAUAUUUUGUGGCAUGCAUUAUCUUCAAAUUUUUAAAGUCUUGAUUCCAAUUGAAGGUUCAUUGAUUAAUUUAUUAUAUAAAACUGGUUGCAAAAUUUAAAGUCCUCUAAUUUUUAUUUCUUUAUGGUAGCCACGGUUUCAUUGUAUUUUGGCUUGAUCUAACAACCUUCACUGUCUUUCGUAAAGUUUGAUAACUUUAUAAUGUCAAGUUCUAAUUGGGAUUUGCAUUGGGUUGACUUUCCCUUGAUCCCGGCCUGCUUGUAUUUGUGUAAUGUGUAUUGUCAGAGUCAAUAAGUUUGUAUUUGUGUAAUAUGUAUUUUCUGAGUCCAUAAGUUUAAACAUAUCAUGAAAUCUUUCAUUCAAGGGGGAUAAUGAUGUUUGUAUUAAACUGAGAACCCUCUCUGUCUCAAUUGAUCGACUUCAAAUAAGAGAUUUAUCAAUAGAAUCUGAUGGUGGCUUAAUUUAUUCUAGCAAACUGGCCCUGGGGCAUCUGUCUGGAGAUCUGCCCAAGUGAUUAGGGCAACAUCUCCAAGCCCAACCAGAUUUGCCUUUAUAAUUUUUAACACAAGUUUCAGUAUUUUUUGGUUGCUGUUGUUGUUUUGUGUGUCUCCUUUGGUGUUAUGAAAGUUUGUGCACCAUUUUUAUAACAUGGAGAAUGAUAUAAAACCAUCUAAAAAUUGGAUGACUCUUGUUAUUCAAUGUUGAUCUAAAUUUAACUAUUAUUGUUUAACCGAAAGUUCAAAACUGAGUCCUCGCAUCUUAUCUAAUUUCAUAUUGUGUCUCAAUAUUGGCCAGAAAUACAAUUGUUUCUGUCUUUAUACUUGGGUUUUCAAAGUGAAAGGACUUAUGAUGCCUGUCACAUAGGAUUGAUGAGGUCCAUUAUCAUCUACAUGAAAUGUUUGUGUUUUUAAUUUACUUGUGCCACUGAGGUCCUGUGCUCAAUCAAUACUGAUACUGAUAGUAAAGUCAAUAAAGUUUUUUGUCUGUCUCUACUGUGUGAUGGGACUCAUCUUAUUAACACUGUUGCUUUGUACCUCUGUUUGUGCAUUGUGCAUAGGAAGCACAUUGCUGCACAAACUUAUGUUGGUAAGUGUUUGGAGAAAUGGUACUUUAAUUUAUGACCUCAACAUUGUUAUAAGCUAAAUACUGUAAUGCUCUUUCUGCCACACUUUUAUGGAGACUCAUCAAAGGAUCCUAACCAUUCUAUAGAUCUUAGGGCCAGUUCAGAGGUUAUCCCAAUGGUUAGUAUCGUCAUGUCCAUUGUUGAUUCUUAUUUUAUUAAUUUUACCCAAUGUUGCUGUUUGUCAUUAGCCUACCAAGAUGACCAAGGCUACAUUACACGGUGAUUACGCAGGUGGUCAGGCAGUCUUAUUUGUGCCUGGAAAGCUUUCCAGCACGUGGGACACACGUUUUGAGUGCUUUUAGGAUUUGAGACGAUUCUUCUUUUCCUUGCUGUGCGCUUUCUUUGGGCGUGAGCGGUGCAAUUAUUCUCUGAGAUUUUGCUCCGACAGUGAGUCUGCCAUGCCAACUUGCACAGUCCACAGAUGUCUCCCAUGAAUCAAAGUCAAUGUCCAUGGAUUUGAGUGAAACUUUAAGACAAUCCUUGAAGCAUUUUUUCUGCCCACCAACUGAGAAUUUCCCACUGGAGAGUUCACAGAAAAUUAGUCAUUUGGGAAGUCUGCUGUAGAGAAUGCCCUGCCUAUCUGGCUUGUCCAUUUUGUAGGGGCGUUGUAUAUGUUUGUAGGACUCAGUUCUGCCUACUUAUGCCAGGUAGUUUACAUAGGCAGCGUAGAUGGUUUAGCUGUCUAACAUGUCUGCUGUCCAUUGUUAUCAAAUACGUUCUUAGCAACAGUGCCAAAAAAUGAGAAUCAGCAUUUUGCUAGUGUCAUUUUCUUUAACAUUCAAUCUUUCCAUGGUUUUCAGUUUUUCUCUGCUGUAAUUGUCAGUUCUACAUUUAAAAAGAAAAAGAAGUUUCACUAUUAUAAUUAUCUGGUAUUUUAAAAUGUUCAUUUUAGCUAUCAUAGAAAUUUAGAUACUGAAUAUAAGUUUAUUCAAUCGAACCAAAUGCAUUUUUGUCUUCUGAGAGGUCAUCCUAUAGGAUCUCCCUUUAGACUUGAUAAAUGCGAAAUGAAAUGUUAAAAAUUUAAUAUAGAUCAAUUACUCUUAUUUUAUUAUUUUUUUUAAUAUCAUUUCUUUAAAUCUAGAAUAUUUUUAGAUGUCUCUUAUUUUUUUCUCCAAUAAAAAUUUACCAUAUCUUCUAAUCUCCACUAACAGCAUGAACAUUGUAUGUCAUCUUUGACCCAUUGUACAUUAGUCUGAUGCAUAUUUGUUCGAUUGAUAUGAAUUGAUUUUUUCAAUGCAUUAUGCGCCAAGUUAGUUUAAUGGAAAUGUGUUGAUUGUCCUUUAUAUUAUUUACUGUUCAUUUUUAAAAGCAACGUCAUUUCAGGUGAAUUUUAAUUUUCAAAAUUAUGAAAAUGUCUCUUGGUUCAAUAUUCCAAUGAAUGUGAUCUUCAAAGGUCAGGAUAUAUUUUACUACUCAUGAUCCCAUUUAAAAAAGUAAAGUUAUGAGCUAUUUUUAAAUUUUGUUUUUCCAUUAUUGUAAACUGAUAUUCAAUUUUAAAUUCCCAUGUUUCUGCCCUGUCUUCCAGGGCAACCAGCGACCACACACUAAACUGGAGUAUGUAGAGGGUGUGCUCAAGCACCAGCUUAUAUUCCUGCAGGUUCUUACCAAACAUUUUUUAACAUUUAUAACAGACCUGUUUACCAUUGCGAUUUUGGCGUACAAAAUACCAUUUUGAGAAUAACGUUUUCAGUUGUCAGUUUUAGCUCCUUUCUAGCCCGGGCGGUGAAUGGACAGAGAAAAACGACUGGCCGGGGACAAACCAUGAUUAUAUACAUAUGCAAUGAGGGGGUAAAGGGGGUGGUGUUGACUUGGAAGCGUGCAGGUGUGCAUGGGAGGGGUAGGGGAGGUGUCUAAAAUAUUUAAACGCCAUAAAAUAACACUAUCAGGUUUCUUAUGAUUAUGUUAUGUUGCUUGGUGUUUUCACAAUGAACUCGCUAGUUACAGCAACAGUAAUAAUUAGUGUAUAAGCCUUAGUAAAAAAAUUGAGUAAACAUCCGCUUUUGCUUGCUUUGGUGCUGUAUAACGUAAUUUUGUGACAUUACUUCAUUCUGCGGCGAUUGUAAAAAAAGUGAAAACUACAGAUUUUUACAAAAAUGCAUUCUUAACUGCUUCACAGAACAGCAUUAGAUUUUGACAUAAAGAUCUAGUAAGCUGCGUUUGAUGUCUAUUUUUAGAAGUCACCAAGCAUUAGGAUUAGAUGUACAACGAUAGAAAACUAUAUUCAGGUAUACACAAAUGUGCAUCCCUGGAUUUUCAAUAAAAUUCCUGGAAGUGGGGCUCAGCCUCCUCCCCCCAAAAUGCCAACCCCAUUCUGCUCAGGUGACUUUGGCGGGCGUCCUCAACUUCUGCUCCCCCACUCAAUCUUCAUCUAUCAAAGUGGCAUAUCACGGGAACCUUUUUAUUUCCAAUAAUGCAGUGAAUAUAAAUAUCAUUCAUCUCCUUUGAGAAGUGACCUCUAUUAGACAUGUGAUGUGAAUAGUUGUUGUGAAUGUACAUUAUGCUGUAUGUUUAUCUACUAAAAUACAGAAUUGUACAAUUUUUAGAUGGUUAAAUACUAUUCUGAGACUGUAUUGUAUUAUUUGGAAGUUCCAGUGUAACCAGGUCUGAUAUCAUAGCUAGGGUCAUUAGUGGAGAUUAUUAAGUUGUGUGAUCACUUAUUGAUUGAAGUGAGGUAAAUAUUUUUACCAAUUAUCAACAUUUAUAAAUACCCUUAACAUUAUUUAAGUUUCAACAAAAGACAAACAAAAUGUUUUUAAACAAGGCAUUAAAACUGGAGAACUCAUGACAAAUGGAGAACUCAUGAAAACUGGAGAACUCAUGAAAACUGGAGAACUCAUGACAAUGUGUUGUCAAUCAUCACAUUAAAAAAAGGCCAGGCAUUUAUUUAAACCUGUGGUUUAUCAUACACUAACUGCACAUAAAACUGAGUUUAAAACUUAUUCCUACCUGCCACACUUACUAACAAGAUGAAUGAUCUGUCAUCAGGUGUCACCAUCCGAGAUGCAGAUAGAUGCAGAUGACUGUGUUAUCUUCAAUGAUGGAACAAAGUCUGUAGGGUGCAACAGAGAAGAAUUCCGGACCUAUGUAAGUGUGCCCAACUGACCCCCAGUUGACAACAUCCCAGUCACCAAAAUCGUCCAACAUUUUUUUGCUGUGUUCUGAAUACUUUGUCCCAUUCUGACCAGGCAUUCCCUGGUGCGCCAGUCCCAUCAGAGUCCCAUUCUGGUGUGCAAGUCCCAUCAGAUAUGUAAUGAUGAGCCACUUGAGACAUUGUGCCAUCAGACUAUUUUACUCAAUCAAAUUUAACUUUUUCUAGUGAAUUUUAAUUUGCAUCUCAGAUUUCUAUUUAAAUAUUUUUGACUGCAUCAAAAGCAAGCCUCAGAAACUCUUCAUACACUCCUUUCAACUUUGUGUAUUAUAAAUAUUGCAAUAUUUUAUGAAAUGUGUUUUUCUCUUCCAAGUGUAAUAUAUUUUUUAUAAAAGCUUAAGAUUUUUUUUUAUUUUUAAAAUUAAUUUUUUUUUUUUUUUAAAGUCUGAAUCUCCAUGUCGCAAAAGUCCCAAAACUUUUUUUUUCUAGCUGUUAUUUUAAAAUUGAAUGUUGAUAUUAAUGUUUUGAUCACACAAGAUAAAUGUCUUUUGCUUACAUCAUAAAAAGUUUACAAAUUUGAUAUUAAGAGGGUCUUGUUGAGAGGUAAUAAUCUUGACCCUGAUGUUGACGCUUUGUUUCAUUUCUCAUGGAAGACUUUUUGGCUUAAUUAAUUAACCCUUGGUUUUUCAACUAUUUAAAAAAAUUAUUUUUGCCAUUUAUAACUUUUUGCUUAUAAAUAAUUCAAUUUGUUGUGACUUGUCUUAUCAGCCAGAUAAAAUGCUAUCACCUGGCCAAACAAGUCAGUCAAAUAAAAUGCUAUCACAAGGCCAAAUGAGUAGAUAAAUGUUACAUAACAAUUCUAUUGAAUACUAUUAUUUGUGUACUUUUAAGUUAUUUGAAAACGAAUCAACAUAUUAAAGAGGGACACCAUUUCUAUGGCUUCUUUAUACAAGUAUAAAUUAUUGUAUUUAGGGCCUUCUUGUCUGGUCAUGAAGUUUCAAUCUUUAAACAGCAUAAUAUUGUAAUGGAAGAGUUAUUCUCUUUGAUUUUAAAAAAAGGAGACACUAUCAUUACGUUUGUCGAUGACUGUAUGUUGGCUCAUGUUUAAGCUGUCUACAAAUCAGAGAAUUCUGGGUUGGCUAGCUGUGAUGAGAUGCGAUUCACUGAACUAAUUCAUGAAAGACACACUUUUGGUUUGCCACUCUUGGGAUGAUUGACUGUGAGACAAUAUCAUGCCUUCUAUUUAUUAAUAUACUCAUGUUUCAAGUAGUCAGUGGAAGUUUGUAUACCGGUAUAAUGAUUCAUGUCUUUCAUUUGGUUUUUAAGUCUGUCAGACUGUAGAAUGUGCUUCUUUUUAUUUCAUUAUCACACGCUGUUCAAGUUCGGUUCUUUUAUUUCUAUUGUUCUCAUGCCAGAAGGUAACAGAAGGUUCUGCUGUUUCCAGCUUGUCAGCCAACAAAAGAUUACCCAUUACCCACGUUCCUUAGUGUCGCAAUGUUAAAUUUGUAGGGAAAAUAAGUCUCUCUUUUAGCAACUUUUCUAGAUGGUAUGAAACAUGGUUAUUGAGCAAGUUUUCUAGAUUGUGUGAAACAUGCUUAUUGAUCAGCAGUUUCUUGGAAAACGUUCAGCUCAAGGAAACCAAAGUAACCAACAGCAACUAACAGUAAAUAACUGUAGUGCAGUUGAGUUUGUUGAGUUCUGAUGGGUUUUUUUAAAGCUCUGAUCUGACAAAAUAGAUGCACAAACAAAUUUGUUACAUGACAUAGGAUUGAAAUCAAAGGAAUGUGACUCAAUAAUAAUACAAAGCGCCACAUUUGAAUUGAGGAUGUGAUGUUUGAUGGCAAAGUCACUGUUGACCGGAUCCAUGUAUUUCUCUGAACAAUUUUCAUUUUUGUUGUUUUAUGGCUGGAACUUCACUGUAUAACAAUUUGAUUGUAUCACAUGCUUGACAUCUCUAAAAACUUCACUGUAUAACAAUUUGAUUUUAUCACAUGCUUGACAUCUCUAAAAACUCUCCAGCCCAAUAACUCAUUAUUUCCCCAUUUCUUCUCCGGCAUUUGCCUCCAGUCUGUUGGGACUUGAUUGAACCAUUCCAUAAUGUUGAUGCUUAUAGCAGAUAUUUUUACAAGUUGCUUUUUGUAUUAGUUUAAUGACAUCAUUGGUUUGCCCCAGGUUCUCAUGAUAAAAUCUGGCCAUUUGUUUCAUCUUAUCAUUUGUUGUGCUCUUCUCUUGGUCCAGCUCUUGCAGAACCAAACUACCGUGUUAAGGAAGGAGUUGUCUAAUUUCAUUGAAGAGCACAUUUUAAAAAAAUAUUUUAAAAAAAAAGGUUAAUUGCUUUUGAGGUUUAGUUUUGAAAACUAAUUAAAAUAUGUUUAAAAUUGCUUUUAAAAUCUUUAAAAAAUAUAAAGCCUUGUUUUGAAAAGUUGAUCUGAAAAUGUGUUUUACAUUUUAUCUGUUUUAAUUAACUUUUAAAUAAAUGACAUUUUAAUUAUUAUGUUUCCAUUGCCUUGUGGAUCUCAAGACCCUUAACUGAUCUGUUCAUUUAUUGAGACAUGUUGUAUUUUUCUCAAGUUUUCUUGCUUUCUUGAACCAAUAAAAGAUUGAAUAUUUUCCAGAUUUCCAUAAUGAUCUUUCUUAUUUUUAUUUUCUUUGUGAGUAUUUGGCUGCCUUUACUCAGUCUGAUCUAAUUUUUUUUGGUGUGAGGAGAAAAUGUUUUCCUGGCAACAUCCUAAUGUUUUGUCCUGUCAUAAUAGUGUUGUCACAUAUUGUUUUGUUAUGUCUUGAGAUUCUAUUACCAUUUCAUUAUGCAGUUUGGAGACUGCCCCGGUUGGUGGUCAGUGUGUUGUCGCCACUACGGUCCCUCACACACAUACACACAUGCUUCUGGUGGACAAUUGGUUGUCCCAACCGUCCCCAUGUUGGUGGACAUUGUGUUGUCACCACUUCUGUCCUCAAGUUAGUGGACAUUGUUUUGUACUCCUGUCCCCAUGUUGAUGGACAGUGAGCAAUGUCCACCACACUCAAGGAGGUAGCAAAGCACACAACCUAAUCAAUGCCAGUAUGGGGUAGUAUUUGCAUAACAAUACAGGAUUCAUUUGCAGCACUUAGUUAAAAUGAGUUAGAUCACCCUAGAUGUAAUCUGGACAUGACAACUUAAUGGUCGACCACAACAUAUGUUUAGAUUACACAAGAUGUAACCUGGACAUGACAACGUAAUGGCUGACCACAACAUAUGUUAAAUUACACAAGAUGUAAUCUGGACAUGACAACUUAAUGGCUGACCACAACAUAUGUUUAGAUUACCCGAGAUGUAAUCUGGACAUGACAACUUAAUGGCUGACCACAACAUAUGUUUAGAUUACCCAAGUUGUAAUCUGGACAUGAAAACUUAAUGGCUGACCACAACAUAUGCUUAGAUUACACCAGAUAUAAUUUGGACAAGUUAAUGGUUGACAACAGAAAAUCUGGCAGCUGAACUCUUGAGGACAAUGUAUGCCAAGUCCUCGAGAUGUUUCUCAAACCAUGAAUAUUGUUAUCUUUUACUGAACUGAUGGCAACCCAGCAACAAUUGUAAGUUUCAACUGUUUUGAUGUUGCACUUGACAUUUUGGCCUGAAUGCACCAUUUUUAAAUUUUUUUUUCAAUCAGCCUUGACAAUUUUGUUUCAUUUAUUCUGUUUACUGGCCAAAAAAAAAACAGCAUUAUUUUUAAGUAGGAUUUUGAAUAUAUAUUUUUUUAUUUCCUUGUGAGCAUUUUUGUUGAAUGUGCUUGAGGUCUGUGUCUUGCAGAUAAACAUGUUUAAUUCUAAUUGACUUUGUAGGCACUAUCAUAAAAAAAAGAUUUCAUCAGUAGAAUACCUGGCAACAAAUGUGUUAAUUAAUAUGCCUUUUGUGUUUCUUACUCUCAAACCUUUGCUUCAUUUUAUUUUCAAUGUGUAGCAACAACAAAAGUCACAUUUUAGGCCUAAUUUUUAAUAAAAACUAAAGAAUUAGUCUUCAACUUUGAGAUGAUUAUUUCUUUUAACAAAAACAUUCAUUUUUAAAAAAAUCAAUUUACGUGACCCAUUGCAUAGAAUAUAGAAGAAAUUAAUAAUGAUCCGACUGACUUCUUCGUCUUGUGAUGACCAUCAAACCUCACAAAGGACUGAAAUAAUUUAAGUAAUAAUUAAGAGACAGAAAUUUAUUGUAAAACUUAAUCCUAUGUAAUCUUUAUCAACUGUCAAUUUUUUAAAAUGCAUGGUACUUACCAUUUAAUAUUUUAACAUAGUCCUGUUUUUUCAUUUUCUUAAACAUCUAUAUUUUAUCAGUUUUUUUUUUAAAACCAAAAAAUUAAUUCUUUAUAAUCCAUUGUAAUGUAGAUAGGAAACUAGAUGUAUAAAAAUAUUGGGAAAUUUCCUUUAAAAAAUUUCUGGAGAGAGAAAAUCAGUACUUUUAAGAAUCACUUGAAACCAAAUAUGUUGAUUGGAUAAGUAUACAUCAUUUGAGAAUCAUCCUGAACCAAAUGAAUUAUGGGGAUAAGUGUAUAUCAUGGACAGUUUAUUCCAUGAAAUGAAUGUGUAAGAGUUCCUCUAGUUAGAAGCAUCAUAUUUAUGGUCCAAACAAGAUGUAACAUUUAAGAUGACGUGUUCAGUUCUUCACCCAGCCAUCCAUUUUCAGUAUCAAUUUUUUUUUAGAAGUUAUCAAUCACAACUAUAGAAUAUAUUUAGAAACUGAAGUUGAAGUUUUUUAUUUCAUCAAUAUUUUAACAGUGGCCAAACAGGUUUUAGUGACAUUUAAAAUCACGUAUUGCUGACCUUUUUGUAACAUGCAUGUUCAACUCUGUGCUUAUUGCAACAAUAAUUUUGUCUUUGUUGUAAUUCAUCAUUUCAUCUCAGCAUGGGCAUUUGUAACAUUUCUUAUUGAAAUCUCUGUUAUCUCGAAGCAUUACUUGUUCAUUUCAAUUUCAUUUUUUUAUUGAAAAUUUUCUCCAUGUAGUGAAUUUCGGUUUACCUUACAUUUCUGUUCACACUACAUUUCCAUUCGGUGUUUCAUGUGUGCUAUAGUGUUCCUAACAUUUCAAAUGUCAAUGAGUAAGCAUGUGCAUCCAUUAUAUAACUUUGCUCCUAUCUGUAAUUAAAUUUUAAACUGAAAACCAUAAAAACUGCCAGAAUAUAAUCUAAAAUGAUAAAUUAAUCUGUAAUUUUUUAAGCAGCAUUUUUUGAUUAUAGCAUAAAUUGAAGGAGAUUUAGGCAUCUUACAUUUUUUCAUUAAUAAAUUUAAAUAGUAGGAUUAAUAUUCUUGGAAAUUAUCUAAAGAUUUGCAUUCUCUUAUACUGUAAUUUCAAUUUAGGGACAAUAAUUGAACAUAUUUUAUUACCUUUUAUCAAUUUUAGAUUGAAGAGCUUCAAAAUGAAAUAAUGAGCUUAGAAGAUACAACAUUUGAUUCUCAUUUGAUGAUCGGCUAUCCAAUAGAAGUUGAUGUUUACAAACAUGACAUGGCGGAUUUUGGCAUUUUUGGGGAUUUCAAGAAAAAUAAAAUAGAGAAAGCAACCAUGAGGGCAAAUCUAGAAGUUGAGGCACCUCCCUUAGCUCAAAAAAACCCAACUAAUGUAAGGCCACCACCUAGGGCUCAUGUCAAACCAGCACAAGUGGAAGCACCCUUGUUCAUAUCUGAUUCUGCUCAGAGAAGUGACUCACAGUCCCAGCAGUUUCAUCCUCGUGAAGAUUAUGAUCUUCCUGGUAUGUUACCAAUGGCCACAAUCUUUAAAAUUCUUUAAAAUGUGAAACUAUCACACUGCCUUAUCACUGAUGUGGUCCAUGGAGUUGCCUUCCUUAAAAUUGAAAUUUUCAACCUCUUCCAACAGAUCCGAGAGUUCACUUGCGUAAGAUGGCCGAGUUCAAGUGGCGAGAGGAAGAUUGCAGGGGAGACGAGCAGAUAGAGUUCAAACAUUUUACCAGCACCUGGCUCUCUCCCACAGCCAAAGGCAUUAAGUAAGAUUUGAAUUUUUAGUUUUUAAAGGAAAAAGACCCCCCACAAGACAUUGUUUAAGGGUAACAAAAAUAACAAAUACAUACAACAAUGUUUCUGUUUAGAUAGGUAACUAUUGUAUAUAUAGUUCUUAUUUCUUUCAAGGAGCUUCAGUCUAUACACGUCAUAACAUGAGUAAAUAUCUAUAAUAAUAAUUUCCAAGUGGAUCUUGUCCGCCACGCCCUCACUGCACACCAUGCUGCACUAUUCGCUGCUUCCCCAUCAUACGCUUGAUCCACACAGAAGACAUUUUAAAACUAGCAUUGUGUCAGUACACUAAAUACCCUACUGAAAUGGCACGACUGACUCUCAAUACCUUACUGUAAUGGCACCACUGACUCUCAAUACCCUACUGAAAUGGCACCACUGACUCUCAAUACCCUACUGAAAUGGCACCACUGACUCUCAAUACCCUACUGAAAUGGCACCACUGACUCUCAAUACCCUACUGAAAUGGAACCACUGACUCUCAAUACCUUACUGUAAUGGCACACUGACUCUAAAUACCUUACUGAAAUGGCACCACUGACUCUCAAUACCUUACUGUAAUGGCACCACUGACUCUCAAUACCCUACUGAAAUGGCACCACUGACUCUCAAUACAUUACUGUAAUGGCACCACUGACUCUCAAUACCUUACUGAAAUGGCACCACUGACUCUCAAUACCCUACUGUAAUGGCACCACUGACUCUAAAUACCCUACUGUAAUUGCACCACUGACUCUAAAUACCCAAAACAAACAGCAUCAGUAUCCAUCACUAUCCACUCUAUAAAGAUUCCAUAUAACUAAGCAUUGCUGGAUAUAUGGAGCACCACCCUGGAUGUAUUAUGACAGAUUAUGCACCUCUUCCUGUACAUUACUUGUGCAACAUGAUUGAGGUGCCCCAGGUGGUCAUGAAAAGAUUGACUUAAUAAAUGCUGGAUAUUUGGUCAAAAUUUUAUGGUUCAAGUUUUCUAUUGAAGACGAGACGUUGUAAAUUUUCUCAGCAUUGGUGACUACAUUGACUUUGGAACAGUACUCAAACACCAGCUUGAAGAGCCCUUUUGUCAAAUGAGCCAAGCGUCUCCCAUCAGGGCCAUGGAUCACCUGCUGGGCGUCAGAGCCACAACAGAGACCAUCUUAGAUCCUGAGGUGGCCCUGACCCAGGUGAAUAUUUCUUAAUUUCUCUAAUCACCUUAUUUGCCUUCACCUCUUUCCUAAGAUGAUGCUCUUCCUAAAGGAUUCUAACACUGACACUGACAAUAUCAUUUUUGCUGCUUUUAACAAACGACCUAGUUUGUGUAUAUUUAAAAAUGAGUUAAUCUUUUCAUAAACAAAUAUUGAGAUGGUUUGUAAUAUGCAGAUACUGAUAAUCAUUUUAACAAAUAUCCCAAGAAACUAAAACUAAUGUUUUGGCCCACACCUUUGUGUCAUCUCUGUGGUCAUUUUCUAUUCUGCUGGACUUUUGUCCUCGAGUUUUCCCUCAGAUUUUUGCCCCAGGCUCUAGGUGUGCCAUGUGGCUAGGUGUGCACUUAAACUAAUCCUAUUUCAACUGUGGCCAUCAGAAGUAUCUAUUCUUGACUCAGUUCUUACAAUUUACUCUAUUCUACACUGUAAACUAUCCCCCCCCACCCCCCCAAUGAAAAAAGAAACUAACUAAAGUCAAUUUUAAACCAUUGUGUUCCAAUAGAUGCAUGUAGGAAAUGUUUCUUAGAAACUAGUAUCAUAAUGAUAGCACUAAAAGUACAAAGCUUGUCUAUUAAGAAGCCAAUGGCUGUUGAUGCAGUUGUUAAAAUAGAUGAUUAAUGGAAAGACUAAAUUCAAAUAACAGAACUCCUUGUCUUUUGUUGAUUUGGAACGUCACACUAAGAGAGAGUGAGCAGCCUUUGGAACAGAAUAACAUUUUGAGAAUAUCAUAUUGCAUACUGGUACCUUCUAAAAUUAUUAAUACAUUUCUUUCUCUACAUCAGGCAUGCACAACAUAGGGCCCGCGAAGUAAAGAAAUAUUCUUUAUUGUUAUUAUUUUCUUAAUAGCUUUCCCCCCUGUCCUUUUUUCUUUCGGCCCGCACGAGUUUUUCCUAAAGUAUUACGGCCCACCUUACAUCUUGAGUUGUGCAGGGCUGGUCUACAUUAUUUAAGGAGAUUGUUUUAUAAUUUGUAGAGAAUAAUGAGUUUAUUUGUUAAAAAUAUAAAAUUUUGAGCUUUUGAAAACACCUUUCAUUUUAGACGAGUAAUAGCACUAGCAAUUUCUGAUUGCUCAUUCCUAACUCUCAGAUUGUGAUGAAUUUAUUGACAGUGUUAAAAUGCAGCCAUAAAAAAGUGAAAUGAUAAAAAAAAUCUGAUCUUCUACUCUUCAAACUUCAAUGUAGUUCAAAGUAAUAUCCAUUGCUACCUCAGUGAAAUAGUCAAUGAACUUCCUUGUGUUUUCAUGAGACAAUCAUCUCCUUGCAGGUGUUACAGACCAUUGGCGGGGAUUCUGAGUCAAACAGUGUUGUAGGAACCAGAAUACUACAAACAUUAUCAACUGUACGUAUAUCAUUGUAUGUCUUUCUAAUUAAACAGACUUGGACAACAAGACAUCUGCUCCUGUGCAUUGUAUUCAAACAGAUGCUGUGUUUCAAUAACAUGUGAUUUUUUUAAAUUUUUUUUUUUGGGACCCACCGCCUGAGUGAAUUUUAAAUCCAUUGCUUGGCAAAUUACAAUACUAGAUAUUAAAGAAGUCUUGGUCAAAUAUGAGAGUUCAAAAUCACGGAACAAAGAUUCUUAAGAAAUGUGGUCAUAACACGUUGGACUCAUUUUGACAUUUUGAAUAUUGAGAUAAUCCAAAUUUCUAUUUAUGAGAUAUUUUAUUUUUGGGACAACAGUCUUCUGUAAACUUCCCCCAUUGAUACUUGUGUAAUUUCUAUUUUUCCUGCCUUAGAACUCAACGUCAUGGAUUGCCUUCAUUUUGGCUUCUUUGUAUUGGAGGGUUGAAGGCGAACUGGAAAAUGCAAUGAAGUGUGCACAGAUGGCUUUAACACAUGUCCCCCACCAGUACAAGGUCAGUGUUGGGUCAAGUCUGAUCAUAUCAUUAAGACAGAUUUGUUUAUGGUACUGAGUUAUGUGCACAUGUUGGCACAGAGAUUUAUUUCAUACUAAUUAGAUGUCUGUCCAGUGCUUAGCAUGCAGAAAGAUGUUUUGGUUGUGCUCCAUCUCUUUUUUUCCAUUGACAUGCAGUUGACGUGCAAGGGAUUCUCUAGGAUUGGAUAACUUAUCAGUUUUAAAAUAUAUUUUAAGCAAGAAAUCUCUACAUCGAUAUGAAAACUGAAAAAAGUUUUAAUGUAAAAAAAUACAAAUUACUUAAAACUUGUUAUUACCUUGACCUAAAUACUUUUAGGGCAAACUUGGCAGCCUACAGCAGUGUUUUUAAUAAACCAUUUUGUUGGAUGGAACCCUUUGGAGCGUCUAGAUUCCUCACAGAACCCCAAGUAGUGACGCUAGGAUUUGUUCUAGGCCAACCCCAUGCAGUGACGCUAGGAUUUUCUCUAUGCCAACCCCAUGCAGUGACGCUAGGAUUGCAACAGAAGUCGCAAAAGCUUUUUUUCAACUUGUAACCACAACACAUCCAAGUUCAACUCAGCAUGUUUUAGCUUUAGCGUUCUGUCUGUCCCUACCCAAAUGAGCUUCUUCUCUUCCCUGGCAUGGUUCAAUGUCCACAAACAGGCUUCUAAUCCAUUCGUACUGCUCAACAAAUAUCGACGGAAAAUAUUUUCUGAGAGUAUUCAACAGAGUAUCCAAAUAAAGUCAUAGUCAAUUAAAGAAUUUCUUGGUAAUGUUUUUGAAAAUCACUGGGAAACUUUUCCCAAUUUCCAGCAGAUGCGUGCGUCUUCCAAAUUAACAAUUUCUUCAGAAAUGCUUUUAUUUUGUCAGUUGAAGUAAAGAUGUUUUUAUUUCUGCCUUGCAUUCCACUGUUUGAGUUUGGUCGUCAGCUAUGGCUUCAUCUAAUUUUAUCUUCUUAAUAAAUCGGUCCGUGGUCACGCAAAAACAAGUUUUGUGAAAACAAUGUGAUAAAUGCUCAGUAGGAAAAUGGAAACAGUAAUUAAUUAGAUAAACAACUACUAAUUACUGCACAGUGCCGGUACAGCCAGACUUGGUCCCUGGCGAUUUCACCUGGCUGGUGCCCGCGGAACCCCGGUUGAAAAGCAUUGGUCUACAGACAUGAUUCUGAUAAAAUGUAUUUUUUGUUUACAGGAUUCUGCCUUGAUAAAUUUCGCUAACAUUCUGCAACACACCGGCUACACCAAUGAUGCCAUCAUUGUCACCAACGCUGCUUUAGAUGUGGAUGACAUGUUGGCAGUGUCACAUUUUACCAUGGCAAACUUGUAUGCUUUCAAGGUAGAGUCUAAAUAUAGAACUAAGCAAAGACUGUCCUCAGUGCUUCAGGAAGUGCUCCACUAUUUCUUUGUUGAAUUUCCAAGAAAACCGCUACAAAAAAAACAACCAUUGUUGUUUCCAUCCAGUGAAGUCUCCAUUCAAAAACUGGUGCUAUUUCAACUAUGUUGUGACAUUAAGCUAAGCUAAUACCGGUAACAUAAAUUCCUGGGAAUAAAAUCUGGGCUAAGCCGGCUAUGAAAUGAAAUAUUUUAUUUCCAGAAAAGAAGACGCUAGCUCUUAAAUUUAAAUAAAUUAUGAUAAUUGACAUGACUAGAGUGGGGAAGUAAUUGGGCUUUUAAAAAAGAAAAAAGAAAUUGGUUUCUUUAAGGGUUGCACUGAUUAAGUUUAAGUAUGAAUCUUUACUUGGAGGAAUUAGCCAGUUUAAGAUUGAUAAGUAUCUACCUUUUUGACAUUAAUCAGCCGUUUGUCUUGAUCGUCACUAGAAUCUUAUAAAUACAUUGUAAAAUAAUUAAAACUAUGAAAUAUUUACUAAACUACCUACAGCAAGUAGACCUUUUCAGAGCAUAAUAAUAAUUAUGUAAUAAAUAAUCUGUCACUGAUAUUGCAAAUACUCAUUGGGUCAAGUAUUUUUAUCAUCAGCUUUUGAAGUCAUAUUCUUGAAUCUAAGAAUUGCUGCUCAUCUCUUUCAGUCUGACUGGGAACACGCCAGCCUGUUCUACCAAUCAACUCUAGGAUUACAGCCAGAUUUUAAGCCAGCCCAAGAAAGACUUAAAGCUAUAUUGUGUAGAGGUCUAGCUGGGUCAUCCCUAAAGAGAUAAGCUUAAUUCCAUGGUUGUGGGCUGAAUGACGAACAAAAUCAAAUUAUUAUUAUUUAUAAAAAAGAAUAUAGAGCCUAUCGUUGCAGUGAUUUUAUUUUGUUUAUGUUUAAAGCUGUUUUCCCCUUUUUUUUAAAAAAAACUAUUUUUAUUGCUCCGGUUUGUAAUGCAAACAUUAUAAACAUUGUGGUCAUCUCAAUAUUUGCCAUGCUGUGAAUCCCUCAAAAUGUAACACAUUAUUUACAUUGUUAUAUUUUUUAUACAUGUCCAUGUGCUGUGUCAUAAUUUUUUCUGACUAAAUAAAUAUUGUUUUCCA